GGAUAUUUUAAAAAAGAGUUUCAGAUAAAAUAUGUUUAAAUCUUUUAGAAAUAAUGUUAGAUAUUAAAGUGUGUAAAGCUAGCUGCAAUAUGACGUCACACCUGACAACAAAGUAACAACAUGGCGGCGAUGGUCAGGUUGCUGGAACAAACUGACCCCAUCGUCGAGGAAGUUUAUCGCCGGAAAAAUGAAGCGGAAGAAGUUAGACAACGUGAAUAUUUGUCAACUGUGAAAAUACAGGCAUGGUAUCGAGGAGAACGAACAAGGGCUUACAUUGGACACCUAAAUAAAUGUGCUACAAUCAUCCAGAAGCAAUGGAGAGGUUACCUUGGACGAGGAUUAACACGGAUUCUUAUCAGAAAUAGUGUCCUGAUUAUGAAAAUAAACUACUUCAACAGAAAGGCAACUUAUAUACAAAAAAUGUGGAGAGGAUACUAUGUCAGAAAAUAUGUAUUUAAUUACUACAGUCGAAAACGAUACUUGGAAGCACUUCAAAUCAAAAACGAAAUUGUCAGGAGUGAAUUGGAAGAGUACUCAGAAAUGCAGGAACAAGAACAAAGAAGGAUAGAAGAGAAAGAAGAGAAGAAGAGAAGGGAGCACCUAGCGAGGAAGAAUCACUAUCUGAUUAGUACUGAAGUCAUCCCGGGGGUCUUCAACUCUCCAUUCUUACCAUAUCCAACAGACACUGAGUAUCUCCUCAGGUCCUUGAAGCCACUCAUUCACGAGAAGAAAAAGAAGACAGAUAAACCGUUUGAUCCAACAUGUAGGAGUUACGAUCUGCAAAAACCCAGAACAUUACCUCCCUUACCAAGCAAGCCUCAGGGCCCAUUCCGUGACCCCACAGAUGUACAGCGUCAAAGAUACAAAGCAUUCCAGCCUUCACUCAGAGUGGCUACUUCGUUCACAUCGCUGGAGGAGGCACGGCAGAAGAUGAAAAGCGAGGAAUGGGUCACUAGGCUCAAUGAUAACGUCUUUGAACCAUUCAGUCGGCGGGAUGUGAAGUAUGAUCCCUUGCUUCAUACAAGAUCUAGUUACGGCCAUCUUCCUUAUGGCUUCAGAUAUUUUCGCGAGGAGUUCCAAGAUAGGCAUAUCACUUCACAGGAGAGAGAAAGGAUAAUACAAACAAAUUUAAGACUUGAACAGCGGGAGAAGUCUUUCAAAACAUUGGUACCACCGAUCCCAAUAUUUGAAAAGCUGAAUGACACCUAUUCCCAAGGUCAAGUGUUCUGAUGACCCAGACUGCCAUCUGCCAACAAAUAUACAUGUGGCAAUAAUGUUAGAUUAUUUUGUUUUUCAUUUAAAGAAAAAAUCCCAAAGUGACAUAAAGAAUACAGUUGAAGUAUGAAUAUUGUACAUGUAUUUAAUAAGAAAAUGACAUUUCACCAUUCCUAUAAUUGAUUAACAGUUUUAAGAAUGUGAAGAAUGUCUUCUUGAUUGUUUUGGGGGUUAUUCUUUCAACAUAAUGGAUUGAUAUGUUUACUGUGAUUUAUCUGAAAAUGACAUUUUUUUUCUGUUAUUGUACAUAUAUGGUAUGUAUUUUCUGCAUUGUAAAUAAAUCAUGUGUAUGAAAUGAA